AACUAUUACGUAGAGACCUUCCUUGCGCCAAUCAUCUUAAUAAUCUUUCAUUCUUGUAAAUGUUUUGCUGCCUGCACCAAAGACAAAUACAACCAAGCGUAUAUUCUGGCGGUGUUUAUAAGCAUCUAACGAAAUGGAUUUUCAGAAUUUGUCUACGAGGAGACUGUGUUGGCCAGGACGCCGGAUGCUCGGCCCUUCGAUUGAUGUUGGAAACUCGUUGUCGCCCGAUUACAACUCGACUUGACAGAGCAAUGGAGCCCGAGGCAUUCCUCGAAGAUGUGAGUAUUUACACCGUGUUCCUGGCUUUGCUGGUGCUCCCUUUAACAUGGCUAGUUAUCAAGCAUCGCAGAACCAACAGCGAAGGGCCUACGUAUACCCUACCUCCGGGCCCCCGACGGUGGCCACUACUCGGGAACAUACCCGGCAUGAUGAUGGCCGGUGAUAGUUCUAAGUACAUGAGCGAUUUGGUGUCGCAGUACGGACCGAUAUUCACGCUCUACAUGGGUCCAAGACCAGUGGUGGUCCUCAACAAGUACCACUCCAUGAAGAAGCUCCUUCUGGAUGGACACUUACUCAGCGACAGGGGAGCCCUUCCAGCGCUUGAGGAUUACUUCAAAGGAAGAGGUGUCAUAGGGUCCCACUACACCGCGUACUGGAAGAAAACCCGCAAUUUCGUCAUCCAUUCGUUGCGGCACUUUGGUGUCGAACGACAGAGCUUUGAAGGUGUCAUCGCGUCUGAGGCCGACAACCUUAUCAAAGGCCUCCGAGAAAGAGGUACCCUCGACCCACUAAUGAACCUCCAGUCGUGUACAUGCAACGUCAUUUGUGGCGUUGUUUUCGGGAAACAGUACACCCUCGACGAUCCGCGGUUCGUUGACCUCCUCGAUACCCUUUACAUAUCUCUGCGGGCCAUCGAAUACGCUGCGGUGAGCAGCCUCGUCCCAGGCCUGCACUACUUACCCGGAUGCUCCUACCAAAAGUUCUACGGCCAUAUGGACAAGCUGAUUCAGUUCUUCCGCGAGGAAAUCGACGCCCGCGACCAGAAAUCAGACCCCGAUUACCCACGUGACCUCAUUGACAUGUACCUAUCCGAAAUUAACCGAACCACGCCUGAAGACCCGACGUAUGGUCUCUUUAGUAAGACUAACCUGCAGUUUGUUGUGAAUGAUCUGUUCAUGGCAGGCACGGAGACACUUGCUACUACCUUGUAUUGGAUGAUUCUUCUCCUCGGUUCUCAUCCUAGCAUACAGGAAAAAUUGCACAAAGAGAUGGAUGACGUAACGUAUGAGUGCGAUCACGUGACAAUGGCCGAUGGUGCAUCAAUGCCGUAUACCAAGGCAACGAUCGACGAAUGUCUUCGCUAUGCCAGUGUCGCCAUCUCCUCGAUGCGCUCAACGACAUCCGCUGUGACGAUCGACAACUACCACCUCGAAGUCGGGACAUGGAUCAUGCUGAACUACGAAUACUCUUCGUUUGACCCAGAAUGUUGGCCAGAACCUAGGAAAUUUAAGCCCGAGCGCUUCUUGGACGAGCAUGGCCAAUACUGCCCAGAUGAGCAUCUGAUAUCAUUUAGUUUGGGUAAGCGCAACUGCAUCGGGGAGAAGUUAGGACGCAUGGAACUCUUCCUUUUCUUCGCGAAUAUCGUCAAGAACUUCGAGCUGGUCUUCCCGGAUGACGCGCCCCAUCCAAACCUCGAAGCAGUCCCAGGGGGUAUGGUGAGGACUCCGCACAGGUAUAGGGUCUCCUUCAAAGACAGAAAAGCAUCAGGGACGUGAAUCAUUGAACGGAACCAUGGCCAUCGACAAGUUUGACCGAUCAAGAAGGGUCCGUCGCAAUGACAAGGACAAUUGUGUACUUAAAAAAAUAAGCCAUGAAUAAACUUCGGUAAUUUGCAAAGCUGCUAGUUCAGUUACACAUGACUUUAUUUUAAUUUGUAAAUUAUUGAUAUUUAUAAGAGGAAUACGAUAUAUAUAUAUUUUGGAUACUGUGUAUAUUUAUGUGUAAAAAAUAAAUAUUUUAUUUUCAUAUCUCUUAUUUCUACCGCACUGAAUACAAGUGACGAAUUAUUAGCUUGCAAGUAGACUGAAACUAGCUCCCCUGCGUCGGAACUUCUAAGUUUAUAUUCCCGAUUAAACUUUUGUUCUCCAUUUGCGAUAAACCGAUAAAAGGUGUUAUUUUCUUGUUUUGCUUUUCAUUUAAAUUUAGAUCCUUGCACAUGAAUGUAUAAUUGCAUGAAGGUACCUGUCGUAGGAUCAAAACGCUCUUUUUACUCUCGAAAACAUGCAAAUGCCUAUUUUAUGCCGUGUGUGUUAAAAAUGAUAGAUUUUAAUUUAGAAAAAAAUCCGGUCGCUACAUCCUCGAGUACAUAAAAUCCUUCUUUGAUUAAAAUAUCACAAUUUCAAACCACUUUGUUGGAAAAAAAAAAUGUUCAAAGUCACCAUCUGAAAUACUCCCUCUCGCGUACUUUCAAGAAUGCUGUUUAAAACCACCGCGCACCUUCAUCAUGUUCAUGACCUUACGAUUGGACUGCGACCUCAUUUGGAAUAAAACGUAGUAGAAUACGAUGUUAUUAUUGAGACAUUAAGCGCGCCGUGUUUGUUGUUUGGAUAAUCGUUCCACGUGUAGCGCAUCAAGCGACCCUGUCUCGGACCAGUCUCGGGCAGGAUUGUGUUAUCACCGAAUCCAAAGCAGUCUCGGGGAGCCCAGAGAACGGUCUCGGAACACAUCGCCAGGUGGUCCGAGAUAGCUCAGAAGGGGUCUCGGGUAGGUUUGUGCGUUUACACCGGAUUAGAAACCUGCCCGAGACUGGUCUCGAGGUGCCCCGAGACUACUUAGGAAUUCCGGUGUAACAGAGGUUUUAUACGACCAUUCUUGCCCACUCAACCCCUUCCCGUUGGAAACGAGUCACCGCAUGCGACUGUGUUUAUGGUAUACACGUAGCGUCUUAAAGUGAGUUGCUCACAUCUUUUCAGGUGCAAUCGAUAUAGAUUUGUACUCAAACUCAUUAUGAAAUAAAUAUAUAUAUAGUUCUUCAUUUAA